AUGACAGCAUGUGAGGAUCCAUCCUUCCCCCUCCUGCUCCAUGAUAAGCUACAAGUCCCCAACAGCUCCCGGCGGGCAUGGAAUGAGCGCGACAGCCGCUGUGAUGUGUGCGCCACUCACCUCAACCAGCUUAAACAAGAAGCCGUGCGCAUGGUCCUCACCCUGGACCAAUGGGACUUGUCUCCCUCCUCGUCUCCGCCUCCCCUCUUUGGACGCUAUACCUCCCAGGCAGCUUUAGGAGCAUCUGGAUCCCGGGAGUGGCCUUCGCCGUUCCUCCCAACUUCUUCCUCGUCAGCUGCCGCCGCUACGCUACCUACUCACUCCUCGUCCCCGUCGCCUUCCCCGAGUCCAGGCCAGACCCCGACUCCCACCCCCAGUCACGGACCACCUCCAACAGGCCACGAGAGUCCCACAAACCAGCAAAGUCAUGGUGCAGGGCUCCGACCGGGGUCCAAACCCAGCUCAUUGGGACUUGGAGGUGGGGUGGAAAGACGGAACGGGUCACCCGGUUCUGGAAAAGCAGCUGCGACCCAAAUUUCUCAGAUGGUCUCGGAGGCGUCCAGAGAAUGUUUUACCGAGGCCGCGCUGAACCGCUACAACACAAACUCGCCUUCACACACAAACUCUUUGUCACACACAAAUUCACCUUCAUACAGUCCGGCGACCACCACCUCUGCCAGCACAGCACAGACCACCGGCUCAUCUGCUGCCUCUUUCUUUGCCAGAGCUGCACAAAAACUAAAUUUAACAUCCAAGAAGAAGAAGCUAAAGGCGGCCACGGCGCCGGUGCCGAUGACCACAUCCUCGCCGAUGUGUGACUCGCAUCUUUUCCCGACCAAUUUUAGCUCCGCCCUCUUGACGGCCCCGCCUCCAGCUCCGCCCUGCCUUCUCCGUGCAGCCAAUAAGAUCAAAGACACACCUGGCCUCGGAAAGGUGAAAGUGAUGGUGCGUGUUUGUCCAGUUGCUCAGCCGGACGCGCCGGCGUCCAGUUCUUUCCUCAAAGUGGACCCCAGGAAGAAACAAAUCACCAUCAUGGACCCGUCCGCCAACCAGCUACCUAGCGCCGCCUCCCAGAAAAAAGCAGGGAGCAGUCAGGUGCCGCCAAAGAUGUUUACCUUUGACGCCGCUUUCCCUCCUGACGCAUCGCAGGCGGAAGUAUGUGCAGGAACGGUUGCCGAAGUGAUUCAAUCGGUUGUGAAUGGAGCAGAUGGAUGCGUCUUCUGCUUUGGACACUCCAAGCUGGGUAAAUCCUACACCAUGAUCGGCCACCAUGACUCUCUCCAGACGCUGGGUAUAAUCCCUUGUGCUAUCUCCUGGCUCUUUAAACUCAUCAAUGAGAGGAGGGAGAAAACAGGGGCGCGCUUCUCUGUCCGCGUGUCUGCAGUUGAGGUUUGGGGAAAGGAGGAGAACCUGAAGGACUUACUGUCAGACGUGGCCUCAGGCAGCUUGCAGGACGGACAGUCACCUGGGGUCUAUCUGUGUGAGGACCCCAUCUGUGGCAUGCAGCUCCAAAACCAGUCGGAACUGCGUGCUCCCACGCCGGAGAAAGCUGCCUGGUUCCUGGAUGCAGCCAUCGCGGCUCGCCACAGCAGCCAACGUCCCAACGACACCACCGAAGAAGACCACAGGAACUCACACAUGCUGUUCACAUUACACAUUUACCAGUACCGCAUGGAGAAGACGGGCAAGGGAGGAAUGUCGGGGGGUCGCAGUCGCCUCCAUCUGCUGGACCUGGGCAGCUGCGACGUCGGCGUACUGGGAGGUGGAACGAGCGGCAAAGGCAGGGAAAACUCUUUGCCCGGCUCGGCGCCUUUGUGCCUUUCCCUGUCAGCCCUUGGCAACGUCAUCCUGGCCCUGGUCAACGGCAGCAAACACAUCCCAUACAAGGACAGCCAGCUGACCAUGUUGCUGAGGGAGUCGCUUGGCAACAUGAACUGCCGCACCACCAUGAUCGCUCACAUUUCGGCCUCUCCCGGAGACUUCUCGGAAAGUCUCUCCACCAUCCAGCUCGCAUCCCGGGUCCUCCGUAUGAAAAAGAAAAAAAAUAAAGUCACCGUGUACACCUCCAGCUCCUCUGGAGGAGAGAGCUCCUGCGAGGAAGGUCGCAUGCGCCGGCCCACCCACCUGCGGUCCUUCCACCACCGCGGAGACCCUGGCUCGGACCUCCCGCUGCUGCGCCUGUCCAGCGACCCGGAUGAGUACUCCAGCAGUGAGCAGUCAUGCGACACGGUCAUCUAUGUGGGUCCCAACGGUGCCGCCGUGUCAGACAGAGAGCUGACAGACAAUGAGGGUCCGCCAGAGUUUGUGCCAAUAAUUCCUGCCUUGCUGCAGGCUAAAACAUCAGAGGCGCAGCAUCAGAGUCAGGUGCAGCCAGAGAGCCAGGAGCAGCAUGAAGGUCCAUUUCAGCCCCAGGCUGCACAAUCCCUAGUGGGACAGUCUUUAGCCCCUGUGCCUGAGGAGGGGGCCGAGUGCCUAAAAUGUAACACCUUUGCUGAGCUGCAGGAGAGACUGGACUGCAUUGAUGGCAGUGAGGAGGUGACCAAGUUUCCCUUUGAGGAAGUUCCAGCCAGUAAACUAGGUUCCACAGAUCCGUGCUUGCUUUUCCCGGGCUCAGUUGUUCCUGCUGAACCUGACUCUGCUGCUCCGACAGAUACCGAAGCCAAAACAGGGUCUUCACCUACUCAAGGAAAUGUACUCCAGCUAUCUUCGCCCUCGACAGCCACAUUAAGGAGAAAGACCAAUGACCAGCAGUUGCAGGACAUAAAGGAAGUGGUGGAGGAGGCUGAGCUGGCCCAAAGCAUGAUCCACAGUCUGGCUCAGAGUUCCGGUACUGCGGCCCUCAUUGCAGGGAAUCGGAAUGUCACGGGAAGCAAUACCUCUAACCCUCUGCACAGGGCCAAGGCCUCACACCUGCAUGACAGUCGUGAAAAUCUGACCAUGGGAGGUAAUGCUGAAGCAAAGACACGCCCACUUGGUUCACCACGCCUCGGCAUCGCCAGUCUGACUAAAACUUCAGAAUACAGGCCUCCAUUGUCGCCUUCACAACGAUGUAAAGUGCACACUCAGAAGUGUGUGAUACCAGCGACACCCCCACUGUCUUCACACACUUUGGCUCAGGACGGACAAAUCACAGAAUCUUUAAACUCUGACAACAGUUUGGCUGCAGACAGUGGCCGCUCCUCCACCGAGUGCCCACUGUCUAGAACUUCUCCUGUGGGUAUGAGUCCCCAAGUCAAAGAUUCCAUUCCAUCGCUAUCUGCCAGCUUGGGUUCAGCCGAAACACUUUGCGAUGAUGAAGUCCCACCCAUACCCUUGGAUACACACAGGGAUGCAUCCAUGCCAGCUGGACCUCACCUGCUCAGUGAGGAAGUACUAGUAUACACGAGGGAUAGCAGAGGAGAGGAUGACUUCCACAUUGCAGCCCUCAUGGCCACACAGAAUCUGACCUGUCGUCCAAUGAGCAUCAUCAGCUUUAAUAGCGACAGCUGCUCCGCGGACGCCCUUGCUUCAGACUCACAUGCCUCUGCAAUUCUCACAGACUCUGUGCAGGACGGAGGCGCAGAGAACUAUCAUGCCACUCCAAUAAGCUGCGGGGUUACAGAGGUGGUGGCCAAGGCAGAGGUGGCGAUGGCCAAGCUGCGCAUGGAGGGCGAGGCUUUCGUGUCCCCCAUCUCCUCCUGGAUGAGUGAUCUGAGUACGUGCAGUGAGGCGGAUCAGUCCCUCCACAGCUUCAGCCUGUCCCAAAGUCAGCAAGGGGAAGCCCUGGCUGAAGUGAAUUUCUCUUGCGGAUUGGAAGGGUUGAGAAGAGGAAGUCUUGAAGUAGAACUGUCAGAAAAAGAGAGAGGAACUCUAACCAAAGAUAGUCUGCGGAAACUGCCUCCAUCAAUGGCUAAGACCACCAUUCAGUCCUUAACGGCACUUGGGCACCUCCCUACAUUCAAGACCCCGAUCAGUACUCAUACAUGUGUAGCUAGCAUAUGCUGCUCAUCGUCAAAGCCCACUGUGAUGAACACACUCCCGUUAGCUUCUUUCUCCAGUGAGAUAUGCUUUGAGGACCCCUGGCUGAAGCGGGAUGUGGAUGACAGCUAUUCAGGAGAGAAGCCAGUAGCUGGAAAUGGGAACCUUCAAAAUUUCAGCAGAGAUGCAGUUGAAGAUCACGGGGGAUGUAGUUCUGGCGCAGAGGUGGUAUCAUCUCCAGAUUCCUUCAAGAGAGUGGUGGAUGGUUGUGAGAUGGUUGCUGGUAUACUAGUCCAAGGAGCGGCUUUGACUGAUAACUACAACCCAGAAAUCCACCGCACAGCCAGUCUCCCUCGUGGCUGGAAUCGUCUGAACCGCUAUGACGGCUUAGACAACACAGAGGACUACGAGAAGACUAUCGGUGCCACCUGUUCAACUCCCUGCAGUCCUCGUGCCACACUUGACCGCCGGGGAUCGACUGGCAAACAGGGUUUUUUCUCCCACAAGAAGGGAGGGAUUCCGCCUCUGCCUCCUGUACGCAAGUCCAGCCUUGAUCUGCGGAACAGGGCAGUCAGUCCACUUCACCAACACCUUCAUGGAGUCUCCAUGCUGUGUAGCUCUACAGAUGAUAUGGUGGGAUCUGGAUGUGGCAGCAGACCACGAGGUCCCGGCACAGACAGCAGUAAACUUUUUAGUGCCAAAUUGGAGCAACUUGCAAGCAGAACUAACUCUCUGGGUCGAGCCCACAAUAGUUCCCACCACUAUGACUGUUUCUCCUUAGAAAGAGGAGGGGGUGGACUCAAAUGUGACGGCAACAUGUCUCGUACAGGACGCAGCCUCACCCGUGCAGGAUCGGUCUGUUCUCCAUCUGGAAACAAUUUUGGAGGAAAUCAAGGUCCAAGCAGUGCUCCACAGUCGCCGGCAAAAUCCAGUGGCCAGUCAAAGAUCUCGGCUGUCAGUAAGCUGCUGAUGACCAGCAGUCCUAAAGCCAGAAGUCUGUCUGCAUCCAGCACCAAGACUCUCAGCUUUUCUACCAAGUCUCUGAGCCAAGCCUCAAGUAGAAGCUCGAGCUUGCCUCCUAAUGGAAAGCCCCAGACCCCCAUUCAGUGUCCAGUGCAGCAGCAGGGACCCUCUACUGCAUCCUGGUCGACACAAUCUCUGAGCCGCUGUCACGCGGGAAGCUUAGCUGCCAAGCUGCCACUGCGAGCUGUCAAUGGUCGUAUCUCAGAGCUCCUCCAAGGAAGUGCAAGCUCACGUUCAAGGAAUCAUUCCCAAGGGGCAGGCGCCGACACAGGGGAGGAGAAAGGGGUUGGAGGUGCAGGUGGUGGGAUCGCUGUCACAGGAAGUGCUGCUGAAGGUGGUCUGGGGGAGGAGAAGCCUACAUCUGUCCAAACUCUUCCUUCUCCCUACAGUAAAAUCACUGCUCCACGAAAACCCCAUCGCUGCAGCAGUGGCCAUGCCAGCGACAACAGCAGCGUCCUGAGUGGAGAGCUGCCCCCAGCCAUGGGGAAGACUGCCCUGUUCUAUCACAGCGGGGGAAGCAGUGGCUAUGAGAGCAUGCUGAGAGACAGCAGCGAGAACACUGGAAGUACUUCCUCGGCUCAAGACUCCGUCAGUGAGCACAGCUCGGCCACCACCUCCUCCAGACGCAGCUCCAAGAGCAACAAGAAGAGCAGGAGCAACACUGGAUACUUGGGAGGUCUCCAGCGUCGUCGGCUUAUCCCUGCACUGACCUUGGACUCUUCCACCACCUCGUCUCCUCACCGCUCCAACAAACAACCCAUUACGUCCUCAUCCUCCUCCUCGAGCCCAGGUGCAUGCUGGGUAGAUGGGCCUCUGGGGCCGCCUGCUCCCAUGAAUGUCCGAAGUACAUCGGCCACAAUGGAGACUUUUGAGAUCAAGGUGUAUGAGAUAGACGACGUGGAGCGCCUGCAGAAGAAGAGGGACAAAGGCAGGGCCAAAGAGACGGUGUACGUCAGUGGUAAACUUCGCCUUCUGGAGCACCGCCAGCAGCGAAUCAGCGAGGUCCGAUCCAAGUACCAGUGGUUGAAGAAAGAGCUGGAACAAACCAAACAGUACCUGAUGCUGGAGCCGCACACUUGGACCACAGAGUUCGAGCUGCAGCAGGUCUUCGAGGUGGACUCCUUGGAGUAUCUGCAAGCUCUGGAAACAGUGACGGACAAACUGGAGACCCGAGUGAACUUCUGCAAAGCUCAUCUCAUGAUGAUCACGUGCUUUGACAUGGCGUCCAGACACCGGUAGACGGAGGACACGGCCAGGUGGAGGAUGACUAUGAAGGAUGAACUCACCUCACGUCUCCUUCAGUUGUAAGUAAGCAGAAGGACGUCCAGUUGGAGGAGGAGAGAGACGAAUCUGCGAGAUUUAUCUCACUGGGCUGCAAACAAGUAACUUUACCUUAGGAAUGUAUGUACCACCAUACUGCCAUCUUUUUCUUUUUAUGUUAAUACGGACAAAGCCGUGAAAAGGUGUGACCAUUUUGGGGGAGCACUUUCAAAAACUGUCAGACAAAAGUCUGAUAUUGUUGUGGCAGUUCUUUAAAAACAAAAAACGACCAAGGGGACGAAUACAUAUGAUAAAAAAAGUGCCUUGUUAACAAUUGAACACGACUAUAAUCUGCAUACUGCAUAGUAUGGUGCUAGCAUAGUGAAAAAAAGAUUAGUGUCUUUGAAUUCUUUGCCAUAAUGUGAUGUAUUACUGUGGCUCAUUGUUUCCAUAUAUGGGCACACGUACAGUGUGGUAGACAGUGUGUUUGCAGGUCAUUGGUUGUGAGACUUAAAAUAACAAAACACUCCAGAAUGUGAAUGCAAGCUUAUUUACAAAAAGGGACCAAAAAUAUGUGUGUGAAGUUUACUAUGGAGAAACUUCAGCACGUCUUGUUUGAAUAAGGACAUGUACAAGCUAGGCUGUGUUCACACUUGUAAUGAAAUAACAAUAAUAAAAGAUACUUGAUGCGGACAGUAGGUCCAAUUUGCUUAGCAUUCACUAGGUCAACUGUUUUUUAACUCAGUGACCCAAAAUAUAAGACAACCCUUCUUCUGAAAGACCAGUUAUUGUAAAAAAAAAAAAAAUCAAUAGUCAUACAGUAUCAGUGAAAUAAUUGGUGGAUUACAGAAAAAAAAAAAGAUAGAUCAAUGUCUUACCCGCUAAACAGUUAGAAAUUAGCAUUAUAACCCAGGCGUGCUCAAGAAAAUCGAUUCCCAUCAAAAUAGCGAUUAUUAUUCAUAAAGAUUAAAAAUGUAUUCAUAAUUUACUUUAAAGAUCGAUAAUAAUAAAAAAAAACAUUCAAAUUCUUUAGAAUAUAUUUUUUUAAAUACAUUUUUAUGCCAUCUCUGUGCUUACUUGCUGUGCAUGUAUGUAAAACUACGUCAGAAGCCUGCAACUUCUUUUGAAACAGGUUCUAUUAUCAUUUUUUUCUCUACACAAGAUAUUGCAAGAAUCGAAUUGAAUGGAGAAUCGGGCCCCAAAAAAUGGUUGUAGGAGUCUUAUCCCUAUCGUGCUUGACGACUUCAGAACAAGCAGGUCUCUGUACACAACUGCGUCUCUCCAGGCCACUAGUUAGUGUGAGUGACAGGAAGAAAAGCUUUGCUUUGCUGUGGAUUUUUUUUUUGUUGUCAUCACUUGUUAUUCUGCAUGUAAAAAUUUAUUGGCCACUGAAUAGAACACAACACGUCCUAAUCAAGACAUUUUUUUUGGACCAAAUCUUCCAUCUUCGUGUCCAUGGAAGGACAGACACCUGCACGAAAGAUGGCGUCACAAGCAGUGCAGUGUGUUUGUAGGAGUCAACAUAGCUUAAAUUCUUGUCGGUCCUAGUCCUGGUGCAUCUGCAGCAUUUUGGAAGAGUUUUAGCAACAUUUUUUUAAGCGAAUUAAUUCCCAUAGGAAAUUAAGAAGGUAGAGGACAACACUUGUGGCAGUUGCAGUUUGUGUGGUACUUAAAGGACGUCUGUUCCGUGAAGCAUGUGGGUGAGAAGUCAGAGCCAAGAGUUUUUUUUGCUUGUUUAUAUAUUUUUAAAAGGGACAAUGCACUUUGAUGGAAACAAUAACACUUGUCACUUAUAGUAUUUAUCCGCAGUCCCUUAACAUAAAUACCAUAAAAAAUGGAUAAACACAAGCCAUAGCAAGAGUUACAACAAAAUGGUUUUGUUGAAAUAGUUUUUGCAUGUUGUUCCAUUCCAAAAUAACUUUUUUCACCGUUUUUGGUUCAUUCCUUUUCCAUUCCUUCUUGCAACAUGCUGCAAUAGAUCGGAUGAGCGAGACCUGAAGGUUCCUACUAAAGUCGCAUCGGAUAUCGGAUUUUGACCACAUACAAAUUACCAUAGGCCUGAUUUGAAAAAAACGCCAUUGUACUAGUCACACUAACAUGGAAAUAAUCAGAUCCAUGUCACAUUAUGGCAGACAUCUCUAACAUGCCAUAUUGUGGCCCUUUACCUCACUUCAUAGUUUAGGGUAAUUGCGGCCCGUGCCCCCUAAUAGUUCAAUAUAUUACUAGACACUAACAACAAUAACGGUACAGUACAACACAAAAAUGAUAGCACAACAAACAACACAAAGAUCAACCUCCAUUAAGCAACCAGUAAUGUCUCUGACCAUCUUUUGGAUAUGAAAUCAAAAUAUAUUUUUAUGUUAAAUUCAACAUUCAUGAGGCCUCAAGGCCAAAUAGAGCUUAUAUAGCUGCAGGUAGGAGUAGUUAACUAAUUUAGUCACAUGGUCAAAACAUAUUUCUAAGGGCCUGAUCUACUAAGAUCCAUACGCACUAAACAGCUAAUGCAAGCUAUAAAAUUGCAUGUACAAUAAAUGGGUGUGUUGCAUGUGAUCUACUAAGACUGCAUGUACAAUUGAUAACUGGUGCAGACCACCUUAUUUAAAUGAGGUUUUUGCGUGUAAUAUGCGGCUUUCGCCAUGGAGACACUCAUUUACUGCACACUCAUGUCAUCGUGCUCUUCUUACCUGUUGUGUUUUGCUAUGUUUUGAAACACACAACAGACAUGCAGCACUUUUUUAUGGGCAUUUUAGAAGCAGUACUGCAGUGGUUUACAACAGAGCACACUUUUUUAGCGCUGUAGUUGCGCUAAUGGGAGAUUCUGGCACUAACUGUGAACCUGUGUUGGAAUGUUCCAAGCGCAAGAAAAUGCAUAUUGCAAUAUGUUUUUUUACAUGUCUAUGGAAAAAAGAAUGUCAUUAAAAAAGUCUGCAGACACCUACAUGCAUAUUUUUUUUUACAUAAGUCCCUUAAAUGAUCCUGCAGAUAUAUAAUUAUAAAAUGAUAUUGCAGAACAUUUUUCUUUUUGACAUUCAUAUAUGUUGACACACAUACGUAGGCUGGAGCUGCAAAGAGAUUGCUUCUUUUCUCACAGCUAGUUCUGUCAAACGCCAGUUUGCACGUCCUUUCUAGAAAUACUAAAUACAAUAUUGACAAAAAAAAACAGCAGCCACAGAACACUUUUAGUCUUGAUAAACAACACUUUGUGUGCUAAAUGAUUACAUAUGCAUUUUUUCCUCCCAGUAUUGUGGGCGUUCUGAUGAUCAGCAUAUAUUCUACUUAUUCAAGAAGACAAGACUGUCCGCUAAGAGACACAAUUCUCUGCGCACAAGUUAAGCUUAAAAGACCAACAUUGCGUGUGCUGUCUAGUUUGCACAUGUUUUGAAACACACUAACCUUUAGUAGAUCAGGCCCUUAGUGCGACCCAGCCUCAGUCAGACUCUACGUCCAGCGACCCCUAGGUCAUUUGAGUUUGAGAUCUCCGCAUUACGAAAGAAAAAAAAAAAGUGAAUUGACCUACAGAGACUCUUAGUUUCCAGCGGUUCAAUGUGUCACAGCUGCAUCUCUCCGAGUCGUGUGUGUGUGUGUGUGUGUGUGUGUGUGUGUGUGUGUGUGUGUGUGUGUGUGUGUGUGUGUGUGUGUGUGCGUGUUCUGGCAAUGCUUACUUAAUUGGGACAUCGCUCUGUUUACCAGAGGUGUGGACUCGAGUCAGACUCGAGUCAUGAAUUUGAUGACUUUAGACUCGACUUGACAAAAUGUAAAAAGACUUGCAACUCGACUUUGACUUUAACAUCAAUGACUUGGGACUUGACUUGGACUUUAGCCUUUUGACUUGACAUGACUUGCAACUUUCCCCAAACCCCAACGAUUAAAAAGUUAUUCAGGAGCGUUCCGUAUCUUCCAUUGUGUAUGCAUGUUGUCAUCAUGUGUGCGAUGACAGCCUGUGCGCUACCUGUCAGUACAACAGCCAAUCAAAUUACAUCCACGUUAUUUUCGUCACACAGCAUUCAUCCAAUCAAAUUGCAGGAAAACCAAGCAGAACUGCUCUCAAACAACAGAAGAAUAAGUGAGGAAAAUUAUGCCAUAAAGUGUUUCGUUCGGGCAUUAAAACUACGACUUGGUCAACAAAACAGGAAUUGCCGUAUGCAAAUCAUGCGGUUGGAAGAUUACAGACGGUGACGCAUCAAUUUACAACUUCAUUCGACAUUUGAAGUUGCACAAAGAAGGGUAUGUUUUGAAUGUAAGCUAACGUUUAUUGGCUGAGUAACGUAACUUUUAUUUGUUGUGUAGUUAAAUCAGUGAGGCUGUAAACUCACUGCUAACGUUAGAACCAUAGACAUCUUAUAAGGGUACGCAGCAUCGAGCGCUACUGCCUAUUGCCGCAAACGAGAUGCGGGGCCGCCAUCUUGGAGUGGUGAUCCGCCCCACUCAGUGCAAUACAUUUGGCAGGAGCAAUGAACUGUCAGUGCAUUUAAUUCAUAUUACCUCACUGAAUACCACUGAUACUCACGCGCUUUUUUGUCAUUCGUGUAACUAUGAUAAAGGACACAUGUCUUGGCGUGUUCAUAAUUUGCUUAACAGUAACCGAAUAUUCUUAUAUGCUAUAAGUGACCAGACGUCUGAGAUCAAAACUGGGAAUAUAAUCCCAGAGAAGGGGGGAAAAAAUAGUUAGCUAUUUUUAAGUUAAAGAAACAAUAUGAUUAGGUUAUAUAUACAUGCGUGUAUCCUACAUAAACAAUGUAUGAAUACAUUAGAUAUCUAUAUACAGUAUUUAACGGACCUAUAGACCAGUGGUUUUCAAAUGGGGGUACUUGAAGGCAUGCCAAGGGUUAUAUACAUGAUAUAUAUUUUUAAAUAUUCUGAAAAUAGCAACAAUUCAAAAUCCUUUAUAAAUAUAUUUACUGAAUAAUACUUCAACAAAAUAUGACUGUAAGUUCAUAAACUGUGAAAACAAAUGCAACAAUUCAACAUUCAGUGUUGACAGCUAGAUUUUUUGUAGAUAUGUUCCAUAAAUAUUGAUGUUAAAGAUUUCUUUUUUGUGAAGAAAUGUUUAGAAUUAAGUUCAUGAAUCCAGAUGGAUCUCUAUUACAAUCCCCAAAGAGGGCACUUUAAGUUGAUUACUUUUAUGUGUAGAAAUCUUUAUUUAAAAUUUAAUCACUUUUUUAUUUUUCAACAAGUUGAGCAAUAUUUUGCACUGUUAUACAAUUUAAUAAAACGGAAACUGAUGACAUAGUGCUGUAUUUUACUUCUGUGUCUCUUUUUUCGAACCAAAAAUGCUUCGCUCUGAUUAGGGGGUACUUGAAUUAAAAACAAUUUCACAGGGGGCACAUCACUGAAAAAAGGUUGAGAACCACUGUUAUAGACUUUAUCUCUGUUGCUGCAACAGCAAAGAGUUUAUUCUGUCUUGACACUUUGUAUUAAUAUUUUCUAUUACAUUCUUCCCUUAAAUAAUUAUGUUUACAGUGAUUGUUUUGUAUGUAUUUUUCAUGUGUGUUGCUUUGGAUAAAAAUGUCUGCCAAAUACUUAAACAUAUAUAAACACCUGAAAGUCUUUAUUUCAGCUAAAACCAAUAAUCUGUUUCACUGGAUUCAGAAUAAAACCAAAUUCUGUCUUACUCAACAAAGUUAGUAUUUGAAUAUUGUUACUUGAAGACUUAUCUGUGGUUACAAUAAAAUGAGAAUGCAUCAUAAUCAGUGGCGGCUGGUGAAUUUUGUUUUAGGUUGGCCUGAAAGUUUGUAAACCACAUACCUAUAGGGGGGUCAUCCUCCCCCAGAAGAUUUCUUUGUGAUUUUCACAUACAAAUAUUGUGGUUCUUUGCUCCUGCUUAACUCUGUGGUAAUAUUCUUUUCACAAAAUACAACCAAUAGUAUGUUAAUGUUAAAUCUUACUUGUGAAAAGUAAUUCCCCAAUUCCUAUUUUCAACAGUCCACUCAUUUGAGCAGGAAAACGCUGAAUACCAGCCCAGCAUCUUUGUUUUCUACCUCUCAACUGUCAGUUUAGGCUGAUUGCCGGCUCCUCAUCACCACUUCAAGAUGGCGGACAAACUGCUUGCGUCACAGCAGCCAAUUCUGCGUCUACUUAUAAAAUGUCUAUGGUUAUAACGUCAUUGCAAACACGGCAAUCUGUUGCGUCCACUGCAGUUCGCUACCUUAUUCAUACUUUUUGUCAAGUGAUUUUUUUUUAAGCAGGGUUGCAUGAGGUACCUACACAUAUCACAAACAGUAACGUAACGUUAGACGGCUGUCAGCAGCACCGCAUAUUUUAGCCACCUACAAAAAGACAAACAUAGUCAAAUAAAGGUCAGUUAAAAUGUACACCAUAUUAAGAAUAUGAGUACAUAUUCCACAGAGCCCUGACAUCUAAAACGUACAGCACUGUUCAUUGUUAUGUUCAUGUAUUUGUUAUGUUUUUUAUGUGUACGCACACUUAAACACAUAUAUAGUGUGAGAUGAGAUCAAUGAGAUAAGGUAAGAACAGGAUAGAAAUUGCUGUGGAACUAGUUACAAUGCAAUAUUCCAUGGAAAUACAAUGUUAACACUUUUAUGCAAAUAAGUACGGUUGCACUUGUUUUUUGAAAUGUGUUUAUACUGUAAAGGAAUGAGUUAAAUGUUUAGAAUAACUGGUUAAUAGUGCUAUUAUGAAGUCCAGUGUAAGCACAGUUUUUUUUAUAAUAAUACAUACAGUGUUUUAAAAGCAUACACAGUCUGUGUACAUAUAUCAGUCUGUGGUUAAAAAGACUUGAAAUGACUCGAAACUCAAAAUGCAGGACUUGGGACUUGACUUGAGACUUCCCAGUAUUGACUUUGGACUUGACUCGGGACUUGCCUGUCUUGACUUGGGACUUGAGGGCAAAGACUUGAGACUUACUUGUGACUUGCAAAACAAUGACUUGGUCCCACCUCUGCUGUUUACACAGUCACCUUGUGGAGACCUCUGGCUGUAUGGGGACAAAAAAACAGGUCCCCUAAAGGGAAACCUUUUUAAAUGAUGUUAAUCAUUUAAAAAGGUUUAACCAUUAAUAUUACUGUGAUUCUGUAUGGUAUCCAUCCUUCGUUAAAACUAAUAUAUUUUUCCAAAAACAAAAUCUGGUUGAGUGUUCCUUAGGGUGACAUUUUCAUAUAGUAUAAUUACAAAACAUUAUUACCUUAAAGUAUGAUUCCCAUUCAGAAUGUUCCAUCCAUCUAUAUAUGGUAGUUGGAGUUGCAGACAACUUCAUUACUGCUAAAUAGCAGUUUUCAAUAAUGCCACAGAAUAUGCAGGAUUUGCUUUAACUUCCUAUAAGAGGACAGCUGUAUGUAGUACUGUAUUCAAAGGAUCAUGUCAUAUUUAAUUUGAAUUUUUUUUUUUUUUUUUUUAAAUGGUCCUCAGUAGCCACGUACAUAUUUAUAUGAAUUGAUGCAAAAUAUUUUACAUUUGGUCCCCAUGAACCAUAUUAAUUAUUUUUUCCCAGGGUACCCAGUAAAAAUAAUUGCACAUUACUUCAUCAAUCCAGAGAUUUAAAGACUUGUAUGAGCUAACUGGGCAGUGGCCAUUUUACCUAUUCUUUUUUAAGCCUCCACAACCUGUAGAAAGCGUGGUCCCCACAAGUGAUGAUCAAAAACUUGGUCCCAAUUCCAAAUGAUAACCAGUAUGAGUUUUUGUGUGUGUGUGUGCGUGUGCGUGUGUGUGUGUGUGAUUGACAGUGAGAAAAGCUUUGGAAAAGUUUUUUGAUGCCACCUCUCAAUUCCCAUGCAUAAAUAUCUUGGCCCCAAAUAGAGGAUGGGAUGUUUUCUAGAGACUAUAUUACACAUUGCAAUAGGCAACAAAAAAUCCAAUCAGCUUAUACGGUUUUAAACAGGAGUUUAAAACAGUCAUGAAAAUCUUCUAACAUCCAUUUUUAGAAUCCAGAACAAAGUCAAUAUACCGCACUUUUGACGGUCAUUUUAGCGUUUGGGAGCAGACUAAAUGUGACUAAAUUUGACAAGUGUGAGCACAGCCUGUUGCUUUUUUUAUUUUUGUCCAAACAGCACAUCAUGACCAAACUCCUGCAGGGCUGACUUAUACAGUAUAUACAUUAUACAGUAUACUCGUGUCUCUUUUUACCUUAUACAUCCGUCUACCACCCUCUCAAACGGAUGUGAUGUCUUUUACUAUGUUUACAAAGCAGUGAGACAUUUUUGCAGUGUUAUUACAGUACAUCCACAUCAGUUAUAUCUAUCUGUGUUCCAUUUUUUUUUAAAUAUGAAUGAUUUGUCAAUGUGUGUAUUUUAUAUCAGAGUUGUGAAAGCAGUCUGUGUAUUUACCUCUUCGUGGGACACAUUCAGUCCAGAUGAGCUGUUGUUUCGGCAAAUUUGCUGGCAUGAUCCUCCUUCACGACAUCAUGGAUCUGCAAAACAGCAGCCAAUCAAGUCCUUGUUGGCCUUUUAAUUAAGAUUCACAAAUAGAGUACACCUCAGAAAGCUAUAAAUUGUAGUUAUACAUGGAAGUAGGUGGUAGUUCAUGACUAUGAGGUAUUGCAUUGUUAUUGCAUUACUGGGACAAAGUUGCAAGUUCUCUACAUCCAGGGAAAAGGCAAUAGUUUGCAGAAAAUGUAGUAAUGCAAACCAUAAGUAGAAAUAUUCCGUGUUUAAAAAAAACAAAAAAUAGAUAUAUUAAUAUAUAAGUAAAAAAAAGAAAGAUAACAGCUUAAUUAGGAAGCAGUGGGGUCUGUAGUGUUCCACGUCUUUGUAAGAUGGUUUUAUACUAUUCUCUCUGGUGGUUGACCUGUUUAUCACCUUCAUGUUUGUACAAAUAUAAAUAUCUGAAUGAGGAGGAAAAAAACCUUUAAAAUGCUUCUUGGACAUUACCACAUCUUUGCUAAGUCACAUUUGUUCCUUUUGGUGUUAAAUGUAUUCCAGAUUGGAUGUCGAAAGUCAUUUACGGCAUGGCAAUUAAGGUCAUGUGGUGUAAAAACUAAAAGUAUGUUGGAUAAAACGUCUCCAUGAUGUGUUUAUAAACAGAAGGUGAAUGUUUUCUAUUUUGUCUUUCAUAGUGGAUAAAAGUAUUUAUUUGAGCUCAGUAGGUUGAGAAAGAGUCGAUUAUUAAGGUUUAUUUAUUCAAAUAUCAUUUUUAAAAUUACUAUGCAUUUAAGAUAAUAUAUGUUGCUGCGCCCAUUACAUACAGUAUAUUAAGUACAGUAAAGACCAAAAUGAUUAAUACCCUGGCCAUUACUUCAGCCGCUAUUAUAUUGGUCUUAUUUUAGCUUUUAACUGGAAAUGACACAAGCAAAUAGCAAAAGACUUAUUCAUACCUCAUUUUAGUACUUAUUUUGGAGCAAAAAUACACAGGUUACAUUUGCAAAAUGCAUUUUAGGGGACAUCAUUAUGAGAAUGAGGAUGCUGAUAACUGCAUGCACACAAAAUAAGUCAAAUUUCAUAUUAAAAAACGCCACUAAAUACAACAACAAAAUGGGAUAUUGUAUCAGUGCAUUGAAUAAGUGAAAAGUCUAUUCAAUUAUUUGUACUUUUUAAUUAAAAAAAACAUAUCACACAGUAGCUGUCUAAAGGAAUAUGUUCAUGUCAUUUCUGACCCUUUGGAAUGGUGCAAAAUAUUGUGUUUAGUCAAAAUUGUCGGCUAAAAACGUAUUUAAAAACGUCAAAAAAAGAAAGGAUUUGUUUUCCCAAAUACAGUACUUAUAACAAAAUGUCUUACAGUCUUUGACACUUUCUCGUGCCAUUUCCAGCCCAUUCAACAAAUAAAAUAUUCACUUUACUCCAACUUUGUCAUGCCAUGACUAAAUUGUACACACCGUUGUAUGCAGUUUUCUACUUCCUUUGGUUUAUUUUGUGAAUUUAGGGUUUUGUCUUUUCUCAAACACAUUGUACUGUAUUUAACAGUAAGGCCUGGUGUGCCAACAAUGCAUAUCUCCAAGGUGAAGAUGCUAUGUGCGAGAUUGGUUUCAUUAGUCAGCAAUACGUUUUCAACAGUCUGAUGUCAACUUUCAGGAAUAAUAUUUUCUAAUAAGUGAUUGAUUGAGAGAAUGCGAGGUACUUCAAAUGAACCGCAAACUGACACAUAGCAUCUUAAAUUUGGAUGGGUGAUUGCAAGUUGAUGAUGAUUGGACAUGGACAAACCCAGCAGGCACACAACAUUGAGAACUUGUUGAAUUAGGUCCUGAAGUUGAGCAACUCAAACAUAAUGUGGAAACAACAUGAUUUUUGAUUAAGUUUAAUCAAUGUCGGGUUCGGAAGUUGUUUGACCAUUGAACUGUGGUCAUUUCCCAACCAAUAUUGUACAACACAAAUACAACGUUGAAACAAUAUGCUUUUUGACGUUUAUUCAAUGUCAGGUUGUGACAUUGAUUUGACCUUUGAAAUUUGAUCGUUUCCAAAUCAACAAGGUGGAUCCAAUGGUGGACAUCAAUGUUGUCUCAAUUUACAAAUACAACUAUUUUGCAAUGUUGUUUUUUAAAUCAACUUUAAAAAGGAGAUGUAUGUAUAAUCAACGUUGUAUCAAUGUCUUGUGCCUGCUGGGAAUGUUCACCCAUUUACAAAAAAAGUCAGUCGUUUACUUGAAUUAUUUUUAGUCGUCACAUUGUUUUAAACAGUUUGUCAAUCGUAAGUGCCAAUCUGUCUUGCGGAAAGAAUGAGUCAAAUAUGUCAUAAAGGAGAGGAUGGGAAACAGAAGUAUGUUAAGUGUGAUAUUCUCUGUGCAUGAUUCAAGGCUUUGACACAGUGUGUUGUUGGAGGAACGUGAUGAGGGGAAUGUAAAUAAAGGUAUGUAUUCAACCAA